GACCCGGAUUCCAUCUUUCCUAUGCUUCGAAGCUGGUCAAGAAUUGGUAUAACCAGGUCAGUGAUUGAUGUGAGGUUUCAACAGGCUCAGAGUUUGCUGUUGAAUUUUCACGCAAAGAUGUCGGUGCAGUCAGGAAUAGAAAGAAAACUGGUUGAUGGUUUGAAGCCAUCUUAUUUGGAAGUGAUCAAUGAAAGCUACAUGCAUAAUGUGCCAAAGGGAUCAGAGACUCACUUUAAAGUGAUUGUAGUUGCAGACACUUUCCAAGACAUGAGUCUCAUACAGCGUCACAGAACAAUAAAUGAAAUGUUGAAGGAGGAACUUGCUGGGCCUGUUCAUGCACUCUCCAUACAAGCAAAAACUAAGGAGCAAUGGGAAGCAUCAGGACAUAGAGUUACAAAGUCGCCACCUUGCUUAGGAGGAGGACAGAUAUAAAGUUAAUUGUUAAAAUGUGAAAGACCCAAAUUUAUGUACAUUAAUUAGUACUAGUCUAAUUAUGUACUUGUUGGAAAAUGUGAAUUUCUAAUUUACGUGACUAUUUGGAUCAAUUUGCUGCUGCUCUCGUGCGGGCUAGGUGGAAUAAAUGAUCAGUCAUU